GGCGCUGGCAGGUCUGGCCCACACCCGGUCCCCAGAGAUGUCACUGCCGCCUCAGCUGCUGCUGCUGCUGCUGCCGCCGCUGCUGACCGCUGGGCCCGCCGGCGCCGCGCUGAUCCGAAUCCCUCUUCGCCGCGUCUUCACUGGAAGCAGGACCCCGAACCCACUGAGGGGAUGGGGGAACCCAGAAGAGCCCCUUGGGCUGGGGGCCCCAUCCCCAGGGGGCAGGUCCGCCUUUGUGCCUCUCUCCAACUUCAUGAACGCCCAGUAUUAUGGGAAAAUCGGGCUGGGGACGCCCCCACAAAACUUCUCUGUCAUCUUUGACACUGGCUCCUCCAAUCUCUGGGUCCCGUCCAGGAGAUGCAACUUCUUCAGUCUGCCCUGCUGGUUCCACCACCGCUUCGACCCUAAAGCCUCCAGCUCCUUCAAGCCAAACGGGACUACAUUUGCCAUUCAGUAUGGAUCUGGGCGGCUAAGCGGCAUCCUGAGUGAGGACAAGCUGACUAUUGGGGGAAUCACGAACGCAUCAGUGGUUUUCGGGGAGGCGCUGUGGGAGCCCAGCCUGGUCUUCGUGUUUGCCCGCUUCGAUGGGAUACUGGGCCUCGGUUUCCCCAUUCUGGCCGUGGGAGGAGUUCGGCCCCCACUGGAUGCACUGGUGGCCCAAGGUCUGCUGGACAAGCCUGUCUUCUCCUUCUACCUCAACAGGGACCCUGAAGCAGCUGAUGGAGGAGAGCUGGUUCUGGGUGGUUCGGACCCAGCACACUACAUCCCACCCCUCACCUACGUGCCAGUCACCAUCCCUGCCUACUGGCAGGUCCACAUGGAGCGUGUGAAGGUGGGCACAGGGCUGACUCUCUGUGCCCAGGGCUGUCCUGCCAUUCUGGACACAGGCACAUCUCUCAUCACGGGACCCACUGAGGAGAUCCGGGCCCUGCAUAGGGCGAUCGGGGGAUUCCCCCUGCUGGGGAAGUACAUUAUCGAGUGCUCGAUCAUCUCAACGCUCCCUCCAGUGGCCUUCAACCUUGGGGGUGUCUGGUUUAACCUCACCUCCCAGGACUACGUCAUCCAGAUUGCUCGGGGUGGCGCCCGCCUCUGCUUGCUUGGCUUCCAGGCCCUGGACGUGCCCCCGCCGGAUGGGCCCCUCUGGAUCCUCGGCGAUGUCUUCUUGCGCAGCUACGUGGCGGUCUUCGACCGCGGGAACCUGAAGAAAGGUGCCCGAGUGGGGCUGGCGCGCGCUCGUCCCCGCGGCGCCGGACCGCUAGGCGGUGGGUUCACGCAGGCGCAGUUCUCCGGAAGGCGUCCUGGUUAGACGCAUGCGCACUGGGUGAUAGCCGAGGUCCCGCUACUCAAUAAAAAUUCGCUAUUUCCAUUGAA